CCCUCCGGUCGCCUGAAACAUCUCAGGUCGAUCAGUGACUGAGUUCGCUUGUUUUGUGAGGAGUGACGGACGAGUGCGACGCUGCGGUCACUCCACCCUGGGUCUGUGUGUGCAGUCGUGGACCUGCUGUACUGGAGGGACCUGAGGAAGACGGGCCUGGUCUUCACGGGCCUGGUGGUGGGUCUGGCCAGUCUCUUCCAGCUCAGCACUAUCACGCUUCUCUCCCACCUCUGUCUGGCCGUCAUGUGCGUCACCUUCCCGCUGCGGCUCUACUACAAGCUGCUGGAGGCUCUGCGCUGGAACCCCGGAGUCCAUCCUUUCCAGUCCUACCUGGACUACGACACCUCCCUGACUGACAAGGAGACGGUGGCCAUGGUGGAGGAGGUGGUGCUGCUGAUCGCGUUCGCCGUCUCCGAGUUGAAGCGUCUGCUCUUCGUCGACAGCAUGGUGGACUCGGUCAAGUUCGUAGCGCUGCUGUACCUGCUGAGCUACGUGGGCGUGCUGACCAACGGCCUGACCCUGGUCAUCACCGCUGUGAUCGGCGUCUUCUCGGUGCCGCUGCUCUACAGGAAACAGCAGGUUCGGAUCAGAAAGAUGACGCGAGUCGUCCGAGCGUUUGUCAAGAGAAUCAGAAACAGGUGAGAGACCUCGACUUUUUCACCUUUUCACUAGGAAAAAUCGGGUUUCAUCAGCUUUAAGGCGACCUAAAUGGAGAGUUGCUGAGGGUCGGUCCAGCACGUCCUGGACGCAGGAACCAGGAGGGGCAUGUGAAAGCGCUCCAUGUUGGUCAAGCAGCCGGAGUCUGCUGUGGUGAGGGGACCUGGUGUCAUUCUGCUGGAACAGAAUAUAUAUAUUUUUUUUUUUCAAAGCAUUUUUAAACUGGGCAAAGAAGCACAACAUGUAAAA